AUGAAGGUUCUUGUCACUGGCGGGAGCGGCUUUGUGGCCGCACAUUGUAUCGACCAACUGUUGAAAGCUGGUCACCAUGUGGUCUUUACAGUUCGCACCACAGAAAAAGGACAGAACAUCAUUCGUAAUCACAGAGAGACUUCAACUAAAAAGCUCUCAUUCGUUGUGGUGGAAGAUAUAGCGGCAAAAGGGGCUUUUGAUACCGCCGUCCAAAGCGAGCCUCCCUUUGAAGGCGUCCUUCAUACUGCUAGCCCAUUUCAUUUCAAUGUCACAGAUGUGAAGAGAGAUAUGCUCGACCCUGCGAUUAAUGGAACACGCGGUAUCCUUUGGUCUAUCAAGAAAUACGCUCCAGGUGUAUCACGAGUGGUCCUGACUUCAUCUUUUGCUGCAAUGGCAAGGCACGGCAACCAUCCAGCUAUUUACGAUGAAUCGGUGUGGAGUUCUCUUACAGCUCAUGACGCCGAACUUCAAGGCCCUUUCGUUGCCUAUUCCGCCAGCAAAACACUGGCUGAGCAGGCUGCGUGGGACUUCAUGGACCAGGAACAGCCAAACUUUACGCUGACUACUCUCACACCACCUGCCGUCUUUGGCCCCGUCGUGCACUAUCUGGACUCCCUGAACGCCAUUAACACGUCAAACACACUCACACGCGAUUUGAUCCAAGGCAAAAUGAAAAACAGCCUUCCUCACUCCCCGAUCUUUCUCUGGAUUGAUGUUCGCGAUCUGGCCACAGCGCAUGUCAAGGCGCUUGCAGAGCCCAAAGCUAAAGGCAAGAGAAUUUUCGUCGUGGCAGGCUUUUAUAGAAACUCCGAGAUCGCAGAUGCCAUCAACAAGAAUUUUCCUCAGCUACAGGAUCGACUCCCUGCCAAUUAUGCUGCUGAGCCAUUGUCGUUCCCGUACGAAAUCGAUAACAGCCUGUCGAAGGAGAUCCUAGGUAUUCAGUACAGGUCUUUGGACGAAUGCGUUCGGGAUAGUGUCAACGCCAUGCUCGCAUUUAAGGCAUGA